AUGUGUGUUGGAAAGAUAGUUGAUAUAGAUGCAUCGACCGGUUGGUGGUACAAUGCAUGCACAAAGUGUAAAUUUGGAGUUACUAACUAUGAAGGAGUGUUAUCCUGUAGAAAGUGUGGGCCAAUCGAACAACUGCCAAUGCCAUGGUACAAGCUCAAUAUACAAGGCACAGACACAACUGUCACUGCAACAUUUCUUAUCUUUGGGAAGAUUGCUGAAAAAAUGCUCAAAAUUCCAGCAACCAUAUUGUCUGAUUUACCAGGUUCUAAUAGAACAAUUGUCCCACCAAUCAUGAAGGAAAUAUGUGGGAAGAUAUACAAUUUUACUGUCUCUAUCAACAACAGAAACAAUGACGGUAAGCUCCUCACAUUUAGCGUCUCCCAAGCUAAUGAAGAACAACAAUAUUUGGAAGUCAAUGACACGAAAGACAGUGACAAUGUCAAACAAACUACAACUCAAUCCCCACAAAGUGAUGAAGAUAAUGAUAAAAAAGAACAGCACCUCAGCAAUGAUUCCACCAGAGAAGGCAACCGCAAAAGAAACAGGGAGUUCAUGCAAAUACAAGACAAGGAUUCCGAAGAUAAAGAUCUACAACAACAACCAAAAUCUGCAAUUUCAAAGGGCAAGCGAAAAAUUUGAUGGACUCCUAAGAGAUGGUAUGAGUUUAACGCACUUUUGUCGUUCAUAUGUGCACAUUUUGUGUAGAUACUUGUACAGGAAGCUACCUAUGAAGACUUCUACAGGAAGCUACCUAUGAAGAUGUUCUAAGAUAUUGGAACAGAACUUGGGAUCUCCUCUAAGUAAGAAUUCUUCGAAAAAUACUUUGUAAAAUAUAAAUUUCUCGGAGCAUGAAUAGUAAGACUAGAUGUUAUCAAUGCUUUUGUUAUGAAUAUACUAAGGUAUUGGAAGAUAAUAUCUACUUAUAUAAAUAGUAUACGGAGACAAGUCUUUAAAUGA